AUGAUAUUGGAGUUGGGUUAUUAUACGUUGUUCACGGUUAUCCGAAAACCUAAAUCUGGAGUACCAGCGUGUAUAUACCACCUAUAUGCGCUAUUAGAUUUUUGCUUCUAUAUCGUGCCGCACGUUAGCAGCAUGAAUUUAAAUCUUGACAUCGGCUCUAACACUGGCGAUGAAGUUACAUGGGAUAUAAUCCGGGGAUGGCUUGAUGAGUGCCUUGAGAAGCAUACUCGAUGCAACCAGAAGAACAUUACCGAUUACGUUCCAAGCCGGCUUGUGAAAUUAAACGACACCACUGGAGAGCCUACAUUUUGCGUCGUUGAAAAGUGUCAAGUAGAUCCGCAGAGCCCGUAUCUGACGCUGAGCCACCGCUGGGGAGAAUCGUCCCAGCUACGUCUGAAACUAACUCGCUCUACUUCAGAGCGACUUUCCAGGGAGCAGCUAUGUCGCACGCUUCCCAAGACAUUCCGAGAUGCGUCAGAAGUAGCCAGAAGACUAAAGAUUUGCUACUUAUGGAUCGAUAGCCUGUGCAUCUUCCAAGACUCUGCUGAGGAUUGGCUCAAAGAAUCUUCAUCGAUGCGGGACGUGUACGGCAAUGCAUUUCUGAACAUUGCAGCAUUAGGGGCCGAGGACAAUCAUGGCGGAUUGUUUUUCUCUCGCAACCCCAGUGAACUUAAACCUACAAUCUUCAACUUUAGUGUAGAUGGACCUGAAGAUCCACAUCUCUAUCGAUUUGACCAUGAUACGGGCAGUGCUUCUUGGGUGGGGCCCAUUUUGCAACGUGGUUGGGUGCUCCAGGAAAGGAUACUGUCGCGGCGAGUCCUGUACUUCGGGUCACGACAAGUAUUCUGGGAGUGCUACGAGAUUACUUGCAGUGAGACGCAUCCAAAGAACUUCAAUCAGUACGUAUAUAAUAAAUACGAUGAGAAAGAGCAAGGGCAAACUAGAACCGAACCUAAUCACCAUGCUUGGAAAGCGUUGAUGGGCACGGAUCGACUUCAACCUAGCUGUGAGGACAAACUAUCACAGCUCUUUAUGGAUUGGUACGAAAUAGCACGAACCUACACCACUUGCGAUCUCACUGUUUCGAGUGACAAACUAGUGGCAUUGUCUGGAAUAGCCAAAGACAUGAAACGACGUCUUACGACACUUGGAUGCCGGGAUACGAAAUACCUGGCCGGAAUGUGGAGUCAAGAUCUACCCUACGCUUUGAUGUGGAGCCUGAACGAAUUUGGUCGACGGCCUGAAUCCUAUCGUGCCCCUUCCUGGUCAUGGGCUGCAGUUGACGGAUCCUCGUUGAUGCCUUUCUAUGGUAGGACUGACUUGGAGGCCCUUGUAUCCGUCACCAGCGCGCGGACAACACUUGAGAACGAUGAGGAUGAGACUGGGAAGGUUCGCGGUGGCAUGCUUACUCUCACUGGCUUCUUGGCAACCGCGAAUAUUGGCCUCUCCGCCGAAAAUACAUAUGAACAGGAGAGCAAUAGAAGAAGAAUUAUAGAUUUUCGAAACCAUGAGGAUGGCACUCGAUUGCCCAAGUUCAAUGAUUAUCACUAUAUAUUCUGUUCCUCCGCUUGUGUCCUGUUCGACACGAAGGAAAUCUAUCCUCGAGUUCUAUGUUUACCAAUCACGCGUGGAGAUAGACCCGCGAAAUUCGACUUGAUCUGGGGCCUUGCCCUGGUCCAAGUCGGCCACGAGAAUUACCGGCGCGUCGGACUGUUUUCUUUGCAUGUUAACCCGGGGGAUAGUGUUCAGUCCAUUUUUACGAAUGCUUCUCAGGGAUCGGUUAAUAUCAUUUGA